CGGCUAGCACAGCCCUUUGACUAAUUGCAGCAAUGGCUUCUUCCACAGCUUUGGUUUAUGAUGAAGAAAUGACAAGCUAUAAGCUGCUUUGGGACAAUGCAGAGUGUGCUAUUGAGAACCCAGAAAGAAUAUCCAUAUCUUACAAGAGUCUACAGCAUUAUGGACUUGUAGAGAGAUGUCUACAGUUACCAGUCAGGGAGGCUACAGAGGAAGAGAUAACAAUAAUUCACAGCCCAGAAUACCUUGAGGUAGUGAAGAGCACACAGACCAUGGAUGUAGAAGAACUCAGGAAGACUUCAGAGAAGUAUAUUGCUGCAUUCUUUCAUCCGAAUUCGUACCGCUGUGCUAAGUUGUCUCUUGGUGGCACAUUGCAGCUUGUUGAUGCUGUGAUGUCUGGCGAUGUACGCAAUGGAUUGGCUCUUAUUAGACCUCCAGGACAUCACAGUCAACCAAGUGAGAGUAAUGGAUUCUGUGUAUUUAAUAAUGUUGCAGUAGCUGCUAAAUAUGCAAAAACCAAAUACAACCUUCAAAGAAUUUUGAUUGUUGACUGGGAUAUUCACCAUGGACAAGGGAUCCAGAACAUCUUUGAAGAUGAUCCAAGUGUCCUUUACUUUUCCUGGCAUCGCUAUGAACAUGGAUCAUUCUGGCCAAAUCUGCGCGAGUCGGAUUACGAUUUCAUUGGUAAAGGCAAAGGAACAGGCUACAAUAUAAAUCUUCCAUGGAACCAGACUGGCAUGAGUAAUGGUGAUUAUAUUGCAGCCUUCUUCCAUGUGCUUCUUCCUUUAGCAUUUGAGUUUAAUCCUGACCUUGUCUUGGUAUCAGCUGGCUAUGAUUCGGGGAUCGGAGACCCAGAGGGAUGUAUGCACGCAACCCCAGAGUGUUUUUCCCACCUCACUCAUCUGCUGAUGCACGUUGGCAAUGGUAAACUGUGUGUUGUCCUUGAGGGUGGAUAUCAUCUGAGAUCCCUGGCAGAAUCGGUCUCCAUGACUGUAAAAACAUUGCUUGGAGAUCCUUUGCCGAGGUUAUCUGGAGAAAUGGCUCCAUGUUUCAGUGCGCUAGAGUCUAUACAGAAUACAAGACACGUGCAUGCUCCAUACUGGAAGUGCAUGUUGCAUGAUGAAACAAGAUUGAUACAGGAGCCAAGUACUAAAGGCUUGUCUACAGCCUACCCCUCACAUACAGAUGCUUCCACUGUUGAUGAAUUUCUUGAAAAUCACAUGAAGAAAAUCCUGUAUGCUAUACCAUUGUCUACAACCUGUGUGCUGUCUCCUGGGGCAGACACUUCUAGAUUGCCUACUAAUGUACAGGUUGAAGAGUGCACAGUGCCCAGUGAACAAAUAAAGGGUGCAAUAAGGGUGUUAUGUGUCGGUAUUGGAGACUUGGAUCCUAAACUCAGUUCAACAAAUGAUGGGAAAACUUUUAUGCUCAUAAUAUCUGAAGACAAACCAAGUGAAAGAGUUCAUUCAGACUAUCAGUGUUUUCUCCAAUGGAAUGAGAACCUUGGAGAAGGCAGCAGCUUCUUCUAUGCACUUUUCCGAUUCAUCCUUCCUCUGGCCUAUAGCUAUCAGCCUGAUCUUAUUAUUAUAACUGUGGAGAAUAACAGAAGCAUUGGUACAAAGGAUAUUCUUCUGCUCACUAGCCUUCUACAGGGUUUAUCUCAAGGAGCAGUUCUUUCUAUAGUUCCGGAAUCUGAACCUGAGCUGACAGAGGCCUUGUGUAAUGUUCUGGCAGGCUGCCACUCAACAAUGGACUUCGGUCCUUACAAACCUCCUACGGAAGAAUGUGUGCAUGACUUAAAAGAUGAAGCAGUUUCCAUGGAGAAAGAAUGGAAAUUGCUGCAGUGUUUUGGUGGGUUACCGUACCUUCUAGAAGAGUCAUUGACCUCUUAA